AUCAUCAUCCUCUGUCUUCAUAUCCCCUACAGUAGAACAAUAACCUCAAAUCUCCCAUAUAAUUAUUAUUUUUUAUUUUUUAAAAUCAAGUAAUUUUUAUUUCAAAAAAUUAUCAAUACCAGGAGGAGAAAAGAUUCUGUAAUGCCGCACCUUCUACUUCAUCAGCCACACUUGCAUCAGACACCGUUAAUAGUCAAUCACCGCCGCCCUCAACCACCUCCGGCCACCGCUUUCUUCCUAAGAUGCUCUGUCGCCGCCGUGAAGCCGACGGCGGCGAUAGGCGUCUCGUGGCGGAUUAGAACAGGAACGAUGAGGUGUAUGGCGAAUCCGAGGAGAGUGAAGAUGGUGGCGAAGCAGAUAAGGAGAGAGCUCUCCGACAUGCUCUUGACCGACAAGGUCCUCCAGUUCGCCGUCCUCCCUGAGGCGGCUCUCGGCGCUGAUCGAUACCUCUCUUCUCUCACCACCAUCAGUGAUGUCGAAGUCUCCUCCGAUUUGCAGCAUGUUUACGGUGGCCAGCUUUGCCAUGGUGGAUGUCUAUAUGCCACAUUCAGAUCCCCUGACUCUAGUUGUAGUGACAGUGUUGAAUCCCUUGAUUAUGUCUGUGGAAGUAAAAUCAAGGGAUUCUCCAGUUAUUUUCAGGCUAACAUGUGAUCGGUGUGAAAGCCUCUUUAUUUUAUCUGUUUUGUUUCUUCUGCUUGUGUAGUUUUACUCUUUCAUUAUGUAAGGGAAUGUGUUUCUGGAUGCUUAA